CGUCAAUUCUUCUCAUCAGAUCCACGCUGCUGUCGAUACAUUCGCAGUUCGCCAAGGCUAGGAACCAUGUGGAUGCUGGAGCGGCGCAAUUCUCGAUGUCCGGAGAAAGAAAGGCCGCUACAAACACGCUGCAGCGCGCCGCACACUCUUACUCCGGACAUUCUCUGCGAUGCACCAGUAGCCAAUCAUUUACGAAGGCAAACUAUUGCGGAACUCGCACGGUAUGAAUACAUAAGAUCGAGAUAGCCGCUAAUUGACAGACUUUCACUCAUUGACACAACAUUGUCUUUUACUACUCCACAAUUGAGCAGACACGAUCGCCACAAUGUCUCCAAUCGCAAUUCAAAGAAAGCAUUCAAUUGCGACCAUGGGCGCCGAUGGUAUCGGUCCUGAGGUUGUCAAUGCUGCUGUACAAGUCUUGAAGAAGCUCACAUCGCUCGGUGGCUCGUUCGAGCUUGAGUUUGAAGACUACGACUGGAGCUCAGAAACCUACAAGAAGACUGGAAAGUACAUCCCAGAUGGUGGACUUGAGAAUUUGAAGAAGCACGACGCCAUCCUUUUCGGCGCUGUUGGUGCACCAGACGUCCCAGAUCACAUCUCGUUGUGGGGUCUCCGACUAGCAAUUUGCCAGCCAUUCCAGCAAUACGCCAACGUGCGCCCAACCAGGAUUUUCCGUGGUACACAAUCGCCUCUCAGGAACGCCUCGCACGGUGAUCUGGACUGGGUCAUCGUGCGCGAGAACUCAGAAGGCGAAUAUGCCGGCCAAGGAGGUCGGUCUCACCGGGGUCAGCCAUGGGAGAUAGCCACAGAGGUCUCCAUCUUCACAAGACAUGCUGUUGAGAGACUGAUCCGAUUUGCUUUCGAGCUGGCGCAGAAGAGGGAGAGGAAGUUCUUGACAGUCGUCACCAAGUCGAAUGCUCAGAGGAAUGGUAUGGUCAUGUGGGACGAGGUUGCACUUGAGGUGUCAAAGGACUUCCCAGAUGUGAAGUGGGACAAGAUGCUGGUUGAUGCUAUGACUUGCCGCAUGGUGUUGGACCCGAAGUCUCUCGACACCAUUGUCGCUACCAACCUUCACGCCGAUAUCCUUUCCGAUCUCGCAGCUGCCCUGGCUGGUUCCAUCGGCAUUGCACCCACGUCCAACCUUGACCCCACUCGAAAGAACCCAUCCAUGUUUGAGCCUAUCCAUGGCUCAGCGUUCGACAUCGCCGGAAAGGGCAUCGCUAACCCAGUUGCCACCUUCUGGACAGCAGCGGAGAUGCUGACAUGGUUGGGCGAGGAAGAAGCUGCUAACAAGAUGAUGAAGGCUGUUGAGAAUGUCACUGAGCAAGGCAUUGUCACAAAGGAUCUCGGCGGAAGCUCAAACACAAAAGAGGUCACAGACGCCGUGUGCUCGGAACUCGAGAAGGUGGUCGGUAAGGGAAAGUAAGCAGAAUCACAGCUUGAUCCCAUUCUUCGACGAUAUUUCAUGAUAUACAUGGGAAUUUUGCCUUUAGUAUUUUCAGUAGUUCCUGAUGGCCAUGGCCACCGCUACUUCU